AGAAAGAAGACAAAAAAACCCCUAAAAACCCACAGGUCUCAGUUUUCCUCUAUUGUGUGCGAGCUCCCAAGCUCCGCCCCCUCGACGUCGUACGAGAGCGAGAGCCGGCAGCAACCGUCACUUUGGAAGCGUCGGCGAUGGCGUCUCAGGGCCUCCAGAUGCUGGCCGUGCUGCUGGCCUUCAUGGGCUGGUUGGGCGCCAUCAUCACCUGCGCCCUGCCCAUGUGGCGAGUGACGGCGUUCGUCGGCGCCAACAUCGUGACGGCGCAGGUGAUCUGGGAGGGCCUGUGGAUGACCUGCGUGGUGCAGAGCACGGGCCAGAUGCAGUGCAAGGUCUACGACUCCAUGCUGGCCUUGCCCCAGGACCUGCAGGCGGCCCGCGCCAUGGUGGUGGUCUCGGUGAUGGUGGGCGUGCUGGGCGUGCUGGUGGCGGCGGCCGGAGGGAAGUGCACCAACUGCGUGGAGGACGAGACGGCCAAGGCCAAGGCGUGCAUCGUGGCGGGCGUCAUGUUUGUCAUCGGCGCCCUGCUCGUCAUGAUCCCCGUGUCGUGGUCGGCCCACACCGUCAUCCGGGACUUCUACAACCCGCUGGUGACCGCCGCUCAGAGGCGGGAGCUCGGCGCCGCGCUCUACAUCGGCUGGGGCUCGGCCGCCAUGCUGCUGCUGGGGGGGGGGAUUCUCUGCAACAACUGCCCCCCCAGCGACAGGCGACCCUACGCGCCGGCCAAGUUCGUGACCGCCAGGAGCGCCUCGUCCAACGUGGACUACGUAUGAGAACACAAGAGAAGAUUCCAGAAUCCUGCAAAGAACUUUUCAGUGUGUUGCUUUUUCCAAGACUCUUGUUGACAUUGAAGGAAAUCCAAAAUCUUUCAUUAUUAUUUCACUUCUUUCUAAUAAACAAGUUAAUAUUCAAAGCUUGUUUGUUUUGUUGCUGUGACUUCUACUGAAUGAGGAAAAAAUGUGUUUGGAAUGGAACACUUCUGUCAGUGCACUUCAGUAUGUGUACUGUGUACUUAGUAUGCAAAUGUAGACAAAGUAGUAUUGUCCCAGAUACAUUACUGUAUUUGUGUACUAAAUGUCUUGAUCCUUUGUUAUCAACUUCCUGUGUUUUGUGUCUUUUCCUGUCCAGCGCUCUUAUUUUGGUGUCUAUUUCCUGUCAUUGUUGCCAACCAGGCUGCUGUAUAUGCCAGCUGUGCCCGUUGAACAGGUCUGGGUCACAGUCUGCUUAGUGCGCUAAUGUCUGUGAUUGUUU